AUGUACGGACUAUACAAGUACAUUACGGCGCCGCCACUGAAAUCCUGGCACCAACCCGGACAGCCCAUAUUUGGCAAUCCAUCCAUCCAAAUCUUGGAACUUUUUCUCUCUCGUUUCUCGUUUCUUACCACGAGCUACCACGUGCCCAUCUUGGCCAUCGCCACCCUCUAUCCGUACCGCUCUCCCUGUACUACCUUGUCGCGACCUGUCGGGCAAGCAAUCACCAUCGCGUCCCGCAACAGUCUAGCGUCUGCCACACCGCGCAACACGCUCCGUUCCACAGGCCCAACACACGACCAUCUCGUCCAACGCUGCUACCACGCUUCCUCGCUCAUUCAUCUUGCCCCCAUUGCCAACAGAGUAUGCACGCCCCUCGGGCUCUUUGUCCAUCCCCCCAAUAGAGGCCUUCCCAUGACCAUGCCUCAGACUCUUACCCCAGAGUCUGCUCCGGCCUCUCCCACCCGACGUGACAAGGUCGCAACCUCAACAUCACCGAUUCGGCAACCUGGAGCCAGUCCUACUCGAUCUAAAAUGGUUGUUUCUGACUGUAUGCGAAAACGAACCGACUCCAUCUCUGACGCUAUCCGUGCCGCCGCUGCCAACACCCGCUCCAAAUGCGAUGACGCAUCUUCGCCUCUGGUCCCUGUCGGAGAAAUGCAACCCCUCCACACCGGCACCGUCCUUGCCAACACCAAGAUGGUCCACCCCAAACCCAUCAGUAGAGUGCUGCCUGCCGAUAUUACCAGCCGGCCUGGCACUGCUAGCAGCGUUGCGCAGCUUGAAAUGACGGCCCAACAACUAUCCAUGACCAGCUCCAUCGACGACGCUAUCCGAGAUUUACACGGCGAAUUGAAACGAAGCGACUCUAGACGAUCAUCAAUCCUCGCCGCCACCCUCAAAACAGGAGACGAAACCGGCCUUGCUGCCCCGAGUCAGCUAAAGAGGCACCUCUCGUCCACAUCGUCUAUUGUAUCGACAAACAUUGCCGCACGCCAGGGCGGCUAUUCACCUGCUGCCUUCGUCAAGUCGCCCAGUGCUUCUGGGAGUGGUCGCUUAAUCCCUGGUUCGCUAACGGCUGCAUCGCCCUCGGAGGCCGAAGACGCCAGCCUUCUGUCCCGGCACGGCCCUGGCAAGAGCUCCGUCCGCAGUGUGCGCUCUUCAAAACUGUCAUUGGCAGAUAUUUCCGAGUCUGAGCCUAUUUCACUCACACAGACCGUUCUGGACGAGGCCGACAAUGCACCGCCGCUUGAAUUAGAGCCCACCGUCCACGAAGCAGCUGCCCACAAGGAUGAAGGCAAUCAUAAGCCCACCACCAAUGCUUUCCACGAAAUGAUGCAGGGGUGGGCUGUGCAGCAGCCUGCCGUGAGCUACUCGACAGAGCGCAAUAGAGAUGAUGCUACGAUGCUUGACCGCGAACCCCGUCCCGACACUUCUCAUUCGCAAGAUACCUUUCAUCAGGCUCAAGUCGCAUUCUUUGACUUUGAUGGAGUUCACUGCCCUGAUCAUGGAACCGGCACCAAUAAUCACAGUUUUGACGAGGAGCGUUUACCUAUCGCGAGAGGCUAUGUUGCCGUUGAUCAGCAUAUGGAUGGGUUGGACGACCAUAUCUUCAACCUUGCCCCGUUGCAACUUCCUCGAGGUCCUCCUCAACCGCCGACUUUCUCAUACGGCGAUGAUUCUGUCUCACCACCUCCGCCACCCGUUGGUCUUGUUCGUCCGCAGUCUUUCUUCGACCCGGCCUCGGGCGUUCAGAUGAACUAUUAUCCGGCACGUGUUCCGGCCACCUUGAACAUUCCCCCAAAGCUGUCAAACAAGCCCAAGGCCCUCCAAAGAAACACCAGGCAGUCCAAAGUCCUAAGUGUCAUGAUGAGCGGCACCCAGCAAACCGUCAGUAGCGACGCCGCUCGCCGAGCUUCUGCCAUGCCGAUAUUGGGUAGCACGACUGAGCUAGCUGAUCCGCGGCCUGCGAAGGAGCGUCACCACGAACGUCGACCUUCCUUCCUCCCUCUGUCACCUGAGGAGAUGCAGAAAAUUAAUGAGCCUCUUGCCGAGACCGUGGAACCUCCAGCUCUAGCCCAGGAGAGCUGUGAUAAUCUUGCUUCCACACUUCGGAUCCCGAAACGUAUUACCGAGCCCAAGACUGUCGAGAAGCGUAAGAGUCGAAUGUCCAUUAUGGGCAACAUCCCUUCCCAGCUUCGCGCGAGCGCAUACUUUGAUUCGCCUGCUAUCACGGCCGAUAUCGAAGCCAAGAACGGUUCUGCGAUGAAUGCCCUUGACGAUAUUUUGGACGCUGGUGUCAGUGCUCCGGUUGGGGCAUUCACUGAUCACCUCUUUGCUGGAAAACUUGGUUCUGAAAUCUACGGGACAACUAAGAGACCGUCCCAUGCUUCAUCACCAUCCUUGCCGCCGGCAUCCAGCGAGAACGGGGGCAAAAAGCGAUCUUCAUGGAUGGCACUCGGCCGCCGUAGUCACAGUCGCAAUAGCCAAGACAUUUCCAAACUGCACAGCGGUUCUAACUCUCCUCACUUGACAGGCGAAGCUGACAGCGACCAUGUCAGACAAAUGCCCACAAGCUCGCUGGAGCACAAUGGGGAAGAACCCAUUGGUGGGGAGGAGGAGAAUGAAGAGGCAUUAGAGGAGUAUGUCGGAGUCCCAAGCACUCUACUUGCGGAAUUACAGAUUCGCAAACAGCAGCAAAAGGAUCGCAUCCAGAACAAUAUCCACCUCGCGCACGGUACGCAAGCUACACUUCUCGAACUCGAUACCGUCGCCGAGACGCAGAGAAAUGAUCGCAAGAGCAAGCGUGUCAACUUGCUCUGGGAGGAUCCGGAAGCGCAUUUGGACCAGAAUGGCUCCGAUGACGAGGAUAUCCCUCUUGCCAUCAUCGCCGCUAGACAACAAGGCGCAAAGAACAUGGCAGAUCUCGAGCGCCCGAUUGGUCUCAUAGAAAAGAGAGAGAUUGAAGAAAAUGAGCCCCUGAGCAAACGUCGUGCGCGUCUGCAAGGCUGGGACAACUCAUUCUUCGCACCUCGGCCCCAGAGCAUGUUGAUGGCGCCUACUCGAUUGGGUGAUACACGACCGCGACAAUCGAUGAUCUCUCUAAACUUACUUGCUCCCGAAGAUGUUGAAGGUGAAACACUGGCUGACAGAAGGAAGCGCCUCGCGUCAAAUGUCGAGCAGGACAAGGGGCUUACUUUGCCUCCGGCUAGACCUGUUAGCGCAGCCUUUUCUGCCGAGCUUUUGAGUCAAUUUGACCCAACAGAAGCAGGAAAGCUAGAAGGCAGUGCAGAUGGCAAGGACACCAAGGUAGUAAAUGGAGCGCCGGAAGAAGAAGAGACAUUAGGCCAGCGCCGCCGGCGCCUGCAAGCUGAGAAAAUGGCUCGCCAACAGGAGAUGGCACACGGUGUCACUGCGGCUGGCUCUACCGGACACCAUAAAGACCGGCGGACGAGUCUUGCCAGUGUUCUCUCGGUGCACCCGAGAAAGAGCCCGGACCUGCGAGUUCAGGAACAAAUACAGCGCCGGGAGCAGGAGGAACGCAUUGCGCGCGAGAACGAGGCCAAAAUGUCGGCCAUGCGUCUGCAAAUGCCUUCGACAUUAUCCGUGCCUGGGGCCGUACAGAAGGGGGGAUUCUACAAUGGAGCAUAUAACAACGGAUACGGCGGACGUGGUGGUUACCAGCGCCCAGUUUCUGCCCAAGUUGUUGGGCAGGGUCAACUAAAUCGACCCAACAGCAUCGCCUUUAACCACGGACCCCAGCAGGGCGUCUAUGUGAAUCCCUACGCAGGACGUAGCACACACACACUUGGGGCUAUGCAUGUGUACAACGGCGCAAAUGGUGUGUAUGGUGGCAUGCAACCCAACAACCAGAUGCAGAUGCCACACAACCCCGGCUCGAUGGACCGAGUCGAAUCUUGGAGACAAGGCGUCUUUCCUUGA